UAAAUAAAAACGUAAAACGAGAAUGAAUAAAAGAACAUUCAGUGCGCCGAAGACUAAGCAUGGUGACGGAUUUGAUAUUUGCUAAUCGUUGAGCUGAUGACGAAGUCUCGUGGUUCAAUAACACCACCAAAGUUGACAAGUCUGAGUCGACAGAAAAAACUGUGGUUUCGAGAUCAGCGAAUGCGAAGGAGACGACGGCGACUAUAGCAUCAGUAUUUAGAGGUAAGAUUGGAAGUGAUCGGACCCUUAGUGUCUAUUGUGACAGUGUUAUAAGUUUAGGUGUAUUUAAAAAAAUUAGUGGUGCAGUUAUUGUAAGCGAAGCAUCCAAGAUUAUACUAAAAAAAAUCAAGCUUGCAAUGCCACGUUGUCUUAUGGCUAAAAAGUGGAAGGCCUAUCCAUGGCCUGACAGACAGGAUGAUAACGAGGAUACAGAGAAAUGUAAUAUUGAAACCGUCCAAGAAAAACGGAGGGUGGCUGUAGAAAUGGAAGAUGAAGAGAUUGACGUGGUAGGUGAUAGUACGAGUGAAGGCCACAGUAUGAAUCAGCAAACAUGCUGGGGUCCGCAUAGUCCUACUGCCGGUACAACUGCUCCGAGUCCACCGCCACUAAACGCUUCGGGAGCGCUCUACUAUCAUGGCUAUAAUCAUGAACCAUGGCUAAAUCACGAUGAACCACCAAAAUAUGCAACGUUACGAUCAGCAGCAGAAUUAGCUCGACCUUCAUUGGAUUUUUCAUCAGAACAUCACGAUCAACAACAACAGUGCACUAGCUCUCUGCUACCGUUACAAGGUAUACCGGGUGUGUCAUCCCGUACAAAAAGUCUAUCAAUGUGCUUUACGAGCACAGGUACCGCGCUAUCACUUCCACCGAAAAAAAAAGACAUUUACCGUCCGUAUAGCCUGCAACCGAAUGUGGAGGUUUUACGAAAUUCUCCUGAAGAAGAACUCUCAGCUGCUCAAGCAAUUUUAGAUUUGAGUGCAUCACCAGUAGCACCAAGUCAUUCGGUAUUUAUACAUACUUUAUCACUGCCACCAGCAUCUUCUAAUUCAUCAGUUACUGCUGUAUCAUCGUCUCCUGAACCAACGCCAAUUCCAGUGUCCGUAGUAGUAUCAGUUCCUCCACACAAUAUUUCCAAUAAACAAGAACCCAGCCUAGAAUCUCUGCCUCCUGAUAGCGCUGAAACGUGUUCAAAUAGCAUUGUGAGCAGCAAAAAUGUUAAGAGUAAUAAAACGGUCGCUUAUACAUACGAAGCCUUUUUCGUAUCAGAUGGAAGAUCUAAACGACGUCCCAACAGCACAGCAGUUCUGGAGGCAGAACCAGUACAAUCUGAAAAACCAAAGUUUACUUGCACGGAAUGUGGCAAACAGUAUGCUACGUCGUCCAACCUCUCACGACACAAGCAAACACAUCGAAGUCUUGAUUCUCAGUCGGCGAAAAAAUGUAUUCAUUGCGGCAAAGCUUAUGUAAGCAUGCCUGCCUUAGCAAUGCAUGUACUUACUCAUAAGCUCACCCAUAGUUGCGGUAUUUGUGGUAAAAUGUUCUCUAGACCUUGGUUGCUUCAGGGACAUCUUAGGAGCCAUACCGGUGAAAAACCUUAUGGAUGUGCCCACUGUGGCAAAGCUUUUGCGGACAGAUCAAAUCUCCGUGCUCACAUGCAGACUCACUCGGCAGAUAAAAACUAUGAAUGUUCCAGAUGUCAUAAGACCUUUGCAUUGAAAUCAUAUUUAAAUAAGCACUCGGAGUCAGCUUGUUUAAGAGACGAAGAAAUGCAACCGUACACUCCAGAGCAAGCUCAUAGCGAUGGAGAACAGUCACCUCAACUAAAUCGAGGAUUGUAGCAAUAUGGAAAUGAAUCCGACAAUUGUUAUCACUCGUCAGUCUCAAUAAGAAGCUAGAAGGCUCUUACUGCUGCUAGAUAUGCCAUAAAUUAUAGUCUUAUAAAAAUGCUGUUAUAUUAAAUGUAUAGGCAUGUCCGCUGAAUAUGCGAGAAUUUUCGUUAA